UGCGAGUUAGCAAAAUUCGAUUUGUGAAAUCGUCCAUUUCAAGUGUCUUUUUGAAGAAACUAGUUGGGACUUUCAUCCAACAGCUUGCCGGCUGAAAGAAAACUCGCAGCUUUCGACAUCUUACAAUACACAACUCUGGUGUGUGCGAGAUGGACACUAUUCAAUAGCUACGAUGAGCACCGAGCAGCAGAAUGCUUCUUCGUCCUCUUACCGGUGCACAUAUGAUGCAUUCUUAAGUUUCAGAGGUGCAGAUACACGCAAGGGUUUUGCAGAUCACCUCUACAGUGCUUUGGAGUUGGCAGGAAUCCACACUUUUAGAGAUGAUGAUGAAAUUGAGGGAGGAGCAAACAUCGAACAGGAGCUACAGACAGCAAUACAAGAGUCACGAGUAUCAGUCAUUGUUUUCUCCACGGACUACGCCUCUUCCACGUGGUGCCUGAAUGAACUUGCUAUCAUCAUGGAACGUACAAAAACAGAUGGACACAAGGUUGUGCCAGUUUUCUAUGACGUGGAACCAUCAGAUGUCAGGAAACAGACGGGCAGUUUUGCAGACUCAUUUACCAGACAUGAAGAGCGCUUCAAGGACAAGAUGGACAAGGUGGAGGAGUGGAGACGAGCUCUUAGAGAAGUAACAGACCUGGGAGGGAUGGUUUUAGGAGAACGGUACGAGUCGCAGUUUAUCCAAGAUAUUGUUGAAGCUGUUGGAAAUAAACUGGACUACAUGAACAUGUGGAAAAGGAGAUUAAGAGUUGAUCCCUAUGUAAUUGGAAGAGAUUAUUAUGUGGAAAGCCUGAACACCUGGCUAGAAGAUGGAUCAAAUGAUGUUGGAGUAGCUGUCAUCCAUGGAAUGGGUGGAAUAGGCAAGACCACCAUUGCUAAAAUUGCUUAUAACCAGAACUUCUCUAAAUUUCAAGCUAGCAGCUUUCUUUCAGAUAUCAGGGAAACUUCCAAACAAGCGAAUGGUUUUGUUCACUUGCAGAGGAACCUUCUUUCAGAUAUCCAAAAGAGGAAAGUGAACAACAUAUACAGCCAUGAUGAAGGUAUAAUAAAGAUCAAACGGGCUGUACGUUGCAAAAGAGUUCUUAUUGUUCUCGAUGAUGUUGAGAACUUGGAACAGUUCAAUGUGAUUCUUGGAAUGCGAGACUGGCUCCAUCCUGGAAGUAAAAUUAUCAUAACAACUAGACAUGAACAUUUGUUAAGGGCUGAAGUUUGUGUAAGGUUUAAGGUUGAAGGAUUACCUGAGCAUCAAUCACUUAAGCUUUUCAGUUGGCAUGCCUUUGGACAACCCCAUCCUCAAGAAGGUUACAUGGAGCUUUCAAGACCUGUAGUAGAACAUUGUGGAGGGGUUCCAUUAGCUCUUCAAGUUCUGGGAUCUUCUCUAUUUGGAAAAACAGUAGAUGUAUGGAAAAAUGCAUUACACAACCUAGACGUGAUUACUGAGGGAAAAAUUCAAAAGAUUCUUGGCAUAAGUUUUCAUUCUUUACAAGAUCAUGAUAAACGUUUAUUCCUCCACAUAGCCUGUUUCUUCGUAGGGAAGGACAAGGAUUUUACAACUACAAUCCUUGACGAAUGUGAUUUUGCCACAGAGGUUGGACUUCAACAUCUGGUUGAUAGAUGCCUUGUGGAAAUUAAUGUCCACAACAAGUUAAUCGUGCAUCAAUUACUUCAAGACAUGGGAAGGGCAAUAAUUCAUGAAGAAUCACCUGAGGACCCUGGAAAACGCACUAGACUGUGGCAUAAAGAUGCAUUUAACGUUUUGACAAAAUUAACGCACUACAAGAAAAAGGCCUUUUUGCGACACAUUUUUUGCAGAUCAGAUCAAGGGUGCUUAAUUCUUAGUUCGGUUAUUGGCAAUAGAUGGAGGGAUUGGAAGUGUCGGGUUAAGCAAAGAUGGUAUGACGCAUACUUGACCGAUGAACAACGUUUAUCCUUCACUCCUCCUCAAGUCACUACAGAUCAAUGGAAGACACUAGUAAAGUAUUGGGGCCUCCCUAAUAUAAAGGAAUAUUCUGAGGCAAAUAAGGCUAAUCGUGCACAUGGAGGUGCUCCUCAUCGGACUGGUCGUACUUCAUUUGCUCAAUUGAAACAUGAGAUGAGAGAGAAGGGAGAGAAAACGGAUCAGUUGAGCAUGUUUAUAAAAACAAGAACAAAGAAAACAAAGAAUGAUGACAGAGACCUUUUCGAUGAGGAAAGUGGCCAAAUUAUUAAUCAAUUUAAUCAAUGCUUGGAAGAAAGGGAAGAGCAUGAGCAAGACGAGGAUUAUCGAGAGGAGGUGUUUACUAGAGUUAUGGGACCUGAUGCAUAUGGACGUGUUCGCAUGUAUAGAACAGGUAUAACUCCAUCUCAAGUGUUUUGUCAAAGUUCAAGAUCUUCCAAUGUUAAUGAGGACACCAUACGAGAAGAGGUAGAAAGACAAUACAAGACUAAGAUAGAUGAUCUUAAGGCUAAGCAUGAAUCUGAAAUUGAAGAUCUCCGAUCCAAGUAUAGUGAAGUCAGUUCGAAACUCCAUCUUGUGACGACUCAUAUUGGUUUCCAUGUUAACACAUCACCAAGUGGAAGUGGACAGGCUCCAAAUACAUCAAGCCAUCUACAAGAAACAUAUGGGAGUAAUGAGCAACAACCUCAGUUAGACCCAGAACCAUAGAAACAAUUGCUUCAUAAAAGGUUUGCAUGGAGAUUGUGAUGAAGAGUCUUGAUCAUAAUUAAACUCUUGAAUAUGUUGGAGCAUAUUUGAAAAAAAAAAUUAUGUUCAUAACUUUUGAGACGAGAUUAUUUAUAUUUGACUCUAGUAGGAUUAUAUGUAUUGGGAUAUGCGGAUGGUGUACUUUCAAUGUUAUUAGGAAUUCUAAAAGCAUAGUUCUUUGAUUCAUAUAUUAUUUUACUUUUGAA